CUUUAUUAAGAGGAUCUCUGAGAAAGAGCACACUUGGGGGACCCACUGGCCAGGCGUGUUUUGGGGUGCCUGUUUCCUCCUCCUCCACCUGAAGCUCAGGGCUCCCGUCAGGGCGGAGACAUCAACCCCCCUCUUUUGCCUGGAGGAUCGCCCUCUCUGGGGUCUCAGAGGAAUGAUGGAAGCCUUGGGAUUUCUGAAACUGGAAGCGAGUGGCCCCCUGGUGACGGUGGCCCUGCUGGUGGCUCUCUUGGCCCUCCUGAAAUGGUACUCCACCUCGGCGUUCUCGAGGCUGCAGGAGUUGGGCGUCCCACAUCCCAGGCCUUCGCCCUUCAUCGGCAACUUGACAUUCUUCCGCCAGGGUUUCUGGGAAAGCCAAAUGGAGCUCAGAAGACAAUAUGGAUCUCUGUGUGGGUACUAUCUUGGCCGUCGGAUGUAUAUUGUUAUGUCCAAGCCAGACAUGAUCCGGCAGGUGUUGGUUGAGAACUUCAGUAACUUUUCCAACAGAGCGGCCACGAGGUUGGAGCCCAAGUUGGUAGCCAACAGCAUUCUGUUCUUACGUGACAAAAGAUGGGAAGAGAUCAGAGGCGUCCUGACUCCUGCUUUCAGUCCUGCCAAGCUGAACGAGAUGAUGCCCCUCAUCAGCCAAGCCUGUGACCUCCUCCUGGAUCACUUAAAGAGCUAUGCAGAGUCUGGGGCUGCGUUUGACAUCCAGAGGUGCUACUGCUACUACACCACAGACCUGGUGGCCAGUGUCGCCUUCGGCACCCAGGUGGACUCCCGGAAGGUUCCCGAGGACCCCUUUGUGGAAUCUUGCAGGCGUUUCUUUGCGUUCUCCAUCCCCAGGCCUCUCCUGGUCUUACUGUUAUCAUUUCCAUCCAUAAUGGUCCCACUGGCCCGGAUUCUGCCCAAUAAGAACCGAGAUGAACUGAAUGGCUUUUUUAACAAACUCAUUAGGAAUGAGAUUGCCUUGCGGGACCAGCAAGCUGCAGAAGAGAGGCGGAGAGACUUCCUCCAAGCAGUGCUGGACGCCCGGCACUCUGCGCACUCCGUGGGCCUGGACGACUUUGACCUUGCCAAGGAGGUCCCCUCCUCUGGCAAGGGCACAGCGGACCCCUCCCAGCAGCAGCCCAGAGCCUUGUCUGCGCCUUUGACCGUGGAUGAGAUCGUGGGUCAGGCCGUGCUCUUCCUCAUCGCGGGCUAUGAGAUGGUCGCCAACACACUGUCCUUUGCCACCUACCUGCUGGCCACCCACCCCGACUGCCAGAAGAGGCUUCUGAGCGAGGUGGACCUCUUCAAGGAGAAACAUAGGGCCCCUGAGUACCACAGCCUCCAGGAAGGCCUGCCCUAUCUGGACAUGGUGAUCGCAGAGACCCUGAGGAUGUACCCGCCAGCAUUCAGGUUCACGCGGGAGGCGGCGCAGAACUGCAAGGUGCUAGGGCAGUACAUCCCAGCAGGCACUGUGCUGGAGACAGCAGUGGGUGCCCUGCACCAUGACCCCGAGCACUGGCCGGACCCUGAGACUUUUGACCCUGAAAGGUUCACAAAAGAGGCCCAGAGGCAGCGGCAGCCCUUCACAUACCUGCCUUUCGGGGCUGGCCCCCGGAGCUGCCUUGGGAUCCGGCUGGGGCUGCUGGAGGUCAAGCUGACACUGUUCCAUGUCCUGAGCAAAUUCUGCUUCGAAGCCUGCCCUGAGACUCAGGUUCCACUGCAGCUAGAAUCAAAAUCUGCCUUGGGCCCCAAAAAUGGAGUCCACAUCAAGAUUGUGUCUCGCUGACACAGAAGGUGUCUUGGAAAGGAGGGAACAUCUCAUGGCUACAGUAUCUGCAAACUGGUGUUUUAUAAGGGCACCCCUAAGUUCUAAGAAAACCCUCACAUGGAAAUGCCAAUGUUUUAAAACACAUCUGGCAUGAUUGAGAGGGUGCCUGGUAUGCAAGUAUAAAGAAGGUUAUUUAUGAGGUAUUUCCUACAUGCUUAAUAAAUAUUUGUUGUACUUGGUUUUGACACUGCCAACGGGGUUUAAACCACUGAUUUAAGUAAAGAUUAUAGAUAAAUAA